CAGUGGCCAGAAUGGCAGUACUCCUCCCUCCAUUUCCCCUUCCUUCCCGAACUCACCAAAAACCCUCCGAUUUCAAAACUGAAAACCCUAAACAAUUAAUUGCAUAGAGACAGAAAGAGAGAGCCUCAACAAUGUCAGGCUUCCCCUUCUCCUCUUCCUCUACACAAUCCUCCCCUUUCUCCCCUGCCACCGGAUUCUCAUUCGGAUCUUCCCCCGCUCCCUCCACCACCAACACACCCCCCUCCUUCGGCUUCAACACCUCCUCCGCCCCUGCCACCGGAUUCUCAUUCGGAUCUUCCUCCGCUCCCUUCACCACCACCGCACCCCCCUCCUUCGGCUCCAACACCUCCUCCGCCCCUGCCACCGGAUUCUCAUUUGGAUCUUCCUCCGCUCCCUCCACCACCACCACACCCCCUUCCUUCGGCUCCAACACCUCCUCCGCCCCUUCCUUGUCCUUUUCCUCCUCUAAUACCUUCACCUCCACUCCCUCUUCCACCCUGUCUGGCUCAUCAGCUUCAACUUCUUCCCCAUUCUCCUUUGCAACAGCCUCAUCCUCCACAAGUACAACUCCAUCCCUGUUUGGCUCUCUCUCUGCCGCCUCCAUUUCCCCUAAUCCCUUGUUUGGCUCCGCUUCUUCUUCUACGGCAAACGCAAGUUCCUCCUUUGGCACAACUACUUCAUCAUCAUCAUCACCCGCUCCUUCGCCUCUGUUUGGAACAAGUACAGGCUCAUCCUUGUUCGGAACAACUUCAUCCUCAGUCUUGUUUGGCUCAACUUCCUCCUCCGCAACUUCCGCUACGCCGCUGUUUGGCACAAGCUCACCCUCGCCCUUGUUUGGCUCAACUUCCUCCACAACUACUUCCGCUUCGCCUCUGUUUGGCACAAGUUCACCCUCUCCCUUGUCUGGAUCAACUUCCUCCACAACUACUUCCGCUUCGCCUCUGUUUGGCACAAGUUCACCCUCUCCCUUGUCUGGAUCAACUUCCUCCACAACUACUUCCGCUUCGCCUCUGUUUGGCACACGUUCACCCGCUCCCUUGUUUGGAUCCACUUCCUCCACAGCUACUUCCGCUUCUCCUCUGUUCGGAACGGGUGCCUCUUCUACUCCAUCCUCAUUCGGUACACCUUCAUCCGCAUCAAGUACAGGUUCAUCCUUGUUUGGCAACUCUCUGUCCACCACAAGUUCUGCGCCGUCUCUGUUUGGAUCAUCAUCAUCAUCUACUGCUUCAACCACCAGCACCACUACUAAUUCGUAUGGUUCUUCAUCUUCUUUCUCUAAUGCAAGCUCUGCUCCAAGCUUCUCUGCCGGAUUUUCUUUCCCAAAAACCACCACAGCUUCAGCACCGACUACUGCUAGUACUGCUGCUAUCUCAUCCACGCCAGCUCCUUCAACGACAACUUCUUUCUCGUUUGGGACGCAGCCAUCAGCGCUUUCACAACCUUCAUUAUUUGGCAACGCAGCCUCUUCGUCAUCGGUGAAAUCCACAACUGUAUCGCCGUUGUUUUCUACAGUUACUACUACAACUGCUUCUACUCCAGCUAGUGGUGCUACUGAAGUUACUUCUACUAGUACUAGCAGUACUACUUCGGGGUUGAGUUUGCCUGCAUUUGGUAUGACUUCAGGAACUACAGCUGGGACAGGUGCUGCUGCUUCUUCUUCUGGCUCUGCGGGGUUUUCUUUUUCAGGUUUUCCUUCUGCUACAACUAGUGUGGCUGCGUCUUCAGGGACUACUGCUAGCUCGUUUACUGGAUUUUCAUUGUCCAGCAUAUCACCGGCGCCUACUUCAAAAUCACAAACUCAACCGGCUAGUAGUUCUGCGCCUCUACUCAGUGUCCCUGCUUCAACUGCUGCACCUACAACAACUUCCAGCACUACUGCUCAGACAUCAUCGCUUGGUGUGGCUUCCACUAGUGGGACAAGUUCAAGUGUUAGCACUGCCUUAACCGCUACACCAAAAUUGCCGUCUGAGAUUACAGGGAAGACUGUUGAGGAGAUCAUCAAAGAGUGGAAUGCUGAGCUGCAAGAGCGUACUGGGAAAUUUCGGAAGCAAGCUACUGCCAUAGCUGAGUGGGAUAAAAGGAUCUUGCAAAAUCGUGAUGUUCUUCUUCGGCUUGAGAUUGAAGUGGCAAAAGUGGUUGAGACCCAAGCUAAUUUGGAGCGAAAGUUGGAGUUAAUUGAGACUCAUCAACAGGAGGUUGACAAGGCUUUGCAAAGUAUAGAAGAAGAAGCUGAACGUAUUUACAAGGAUGAGCGUGGAUCGCUUCUUGAUGAUGAAGCUGCAUCGACUAGAGAUGCUAUGUAUGAGCAGGCUGAAUUUAUAGAGAGGGAAAUGGAACAGAUGACAGAACAGAUAAAAUCAGUAAUUCAGACUGUCAAUGCCAACCAGGGUGGUGAACUUGAUGCAAUUGAUGGGAUGACUCCAUUGGACAUGGUUGUCCGAAUUCUCAACAAUCAACUAAGUUCUUUAAUGUGGAUUGAUGAGAAGGCUGAAGAGUUUUCUUCACGUAUUCAAAAGCUUGCUAACCAAGGUUCUGCUGCUGAUCGACAAUUUUUGGGUUUAAAAUUUUGACGUCUUGACCAUGGAUGAUGUGUAUUGCCCUGUGUCUUCUCGAAGUUGGUUUCUGCCUAGUUGAGUUCAUUGUGGAUGAAAAGGAUUUGUCAUCUUUUCUUUUCUUUGCUUCAUAAAUUAAAUGCACAUAUGUAAUUCCUUGGUUAGAAUUGAUAUAUUCUGAUAUCCUGCAAAGGCUUAGCUUGGGAACUGUGCUUGUGAUUUGCAUGUCAUUGUAGCUAUCAGCCUGCAUUUGUUUGAACCCAACUGCUUCCGAGAGAAUCUUGACUUGGCUUUUAGCCCCAUAUGUACUGGGUGGAAAAACCCCAUUGGUUGGAAGAUGGUACUUAUUGAACAGAUUAACCCCUGCAAUUUGUUAGGGUUUCUCUCUUA